GUUUUCUCUUGCUACGAGGCACGCUCGGUUUAGGAAAGCCGCUUUCUGAAGCCCAAGAUAGGGAGCUAUCUGACACGGUCGCAGUUGCCCUUCAAAUCCCGAAAAUGGGCUCGCUUUGCUUCCAUAAAGCUCGCCCCUUUCCCACGCGGGGCUUCGGCUGCCUCAGAAGGCGCGAGGGGCCUUGCUCCUUAUCGGAGAGGCGCAGAGGGAGGCCAGAAAUCCACCCUCGGACGGCGGCGGCGUCGGGGUGGGGGCAGAGCCCGGGGCUGGGCGGGUGGCGCCCAACGGCCUCCUCGGGGGCGCGCCCGUUGGAAAACGAAGGCGGCGGCGGUGAGGCGACGGACGGACGGAGGAAGACAGGCGCGGCGCUGAGGCGACGGACGGACGGAGCGGCGUCUGGCAGGACGCGGCGUUCUCCGCAGCUUCACUUCGGAGGGGACUCGCUACUCCUUCCCCGGGCGCUUCCCGUCCAGCUCUACGAAGAGCGCCCGCCCGCCUGCCCGCCCGCCCACCCCCGAACGAGGCGGACGCGCCCACGGAUAAGCGCACCCACACCCACACCCGCCGCCAUGGACAGCUCCGCCGCGCCAGACAACCGCACGGCCGCUUGGCGUCUCCUGCCUUUCGGCCAGGGGCGCGGGAACGCGACGUCCGGUCCCGGCCCGGCUCCGUCGUGGGUGCCGGGCUUGUCCCCUCCGGGAGGCGUCGUCGAGGCGCCCUUCUGGGACGGGCCGCUGAACCAGGGGCUGAGCGUCUUGGUGGGGCUGGCGCUGUGCGUGACCAUGCUGGGCCUGGGCUGCACGGUGGAGCUGAGCCAGCUGGGCGCGCAGCUGAGGCGGCCGUUGGGCUUGCUGCUGGCGCUGCUCUGCCAGUUCGGGCUGAUGCCCCUGCUGGCUUUCCUGCUGGCGCUGCUCUUCGCCCUGGACGAGGUGGCCGCCGUGGCCGUCCUGCUCUGCGGCUGCUGCCCCGGCGGGAACCUCUCCAACCUCAUGACCCUCCUGGUCGACGGAGACAUGAACCUCAGCAUCAUCAUGACUGCCUCCUCCAUCGUGCUGGCUUUGUUCCUGAUGCCUCUUUGUCUGUGGAUCUAUAGCCGAGCUUGGAUCAACACCCCAUUCGUGCGCCUGUUGCCUCUGGGGGCUGUCACCCUGACCUUGUGCAGCACUCUGCUCCCUAUCGGCCUUGGGGUUUUCAUCCGCUACAGAUACACAAGGCUGGCUGACAUCCUCGUGAAGAUCUCUCUGUGGUCUCUCCUGGUGAGUCUGGUGGUGCUUUUCAUUCUCACCGGUACCAUGCUGGGUCCCGAACUUCUGGCUACUAUUCCCGCCACUGUGUAUGUGGUAGCGGUGCUGAUGCCCUUGGCAGGUUACGGUUGUGGCUACGGGAUAGCAACCUUAUUUCGCUUGCCCCCGCGCUGCAAGCGGACAGUAUCCUUGGAAACUGGCUGCCAGAACGUCCAACUCUGUACUGCUAUUCUCAAGCUGAGCUUCCCCCCACAGUUCAUUGGGAGCAUGUAUAUGUUUCCUUUACUCUAUGCCCUCUUUCAAUCUGCCGAAGCCGGGCUGUUUGUAUUGGCUUACAAGAUAUAUGGAAAGGAUUUCUAUAAGCAAGAGCCUCUAGGCAGAGAUAAUGAAGAAGACACAGAUAUUUCUUACAAGAAACUGAAGGAAGAAGCAAUCCCAGAAAUUUCCUAUGGCACAGUAAUGGCUGAGGAUCAUGGUCCAGUGGUUAUGGAACCGACACAGACGGUCCUCUAAGAGAAGAUCUUAAAACCCUUGUUGAAAUAAACUGGUCAGCCAAGUAGAAGAAACAACAGGGAACUCCCUAAGCAUUUGUUGUUAUGCUGGCUUUUCUCAUUGUACUCGGAAAUAGUUGUUUUCACAAGCUGCACAACCGUAUAAAUCUCUUCAACCCAUUCUCAAAAAAAAGAUGCCAUCACCACAUCAGCACACCAGAAAAGACAAAGGAACAGAAAACAAUGGGACAAUGUGGGGUCUUGGAAAAUGGAGUAGGAAGGCGGUGGGGGGGGGAAGAGAACAUAUUGAUAAAGCAUGCUGUUAAAUCUGAAGCAAAAUGUCAAUAAAAUAUAAGGGAUCCCCGCAAAAACUACAGCCCAAAAAGUCAUUGAUUGAAUGAAUCCUGUUAACACCUAUGAUAGUUAGUAUCCUUGCAUAUACUUAGUAUACCUAGUUUCUUUUCUUAAAUGCCAUUGAUUCAAAGCUAUCUACUUCAGUUUUGUAGCCACACUUGAUCAAUAUGGACUUCAUAAAAUUAACUUGAUGCAAUUUCUUCCUUUUUCAUAAAUGCCUCAGAGAUUUGCAGUCUUUUCAUUUUUUCAUUUUAAUCCAUACCUACAAAUGAAAGGCUUAAUG